AUGCAAGUACUAACGGAUGACGUCAUCUUUCAGACACGACUCAAGUGGUUGGAGCGCAAAUUUACUGAAGGAAGGCUUGGGCAACCUGGCAGUAUCCCAACCCUCGUGCUUCCUUCGGGUAGCAUGGCAGCUAGGCACCGGAAGGGUGUUACAGCUGAGCGAUUUUUUCAGACACGAAAAACCAACGUCGUGAUCGCCCAAAUAUCUGCGUUACUUUCCACAUCAUCCUUUUUCUAUGAAGACGGCAAGACCAGCGCAGCUGAGUUUGCUGGUAGUGGCUUUUAUACUUCACUGCCAAGUCAUUGUUUGACCGCCUCUGGCUCUCGUCCACUCUUCACGUGGUUGUGCGGAAAGAACCCUCCGAAGGUUCACCCUUCUUCCAAUCGGGUGACAUGUCUUUGCCCAUCUUGUCAUCCAUUUCAAGUUACUAUCCUACGUUUUUGUCUUCUUUUUUCCAAGAACCGUUUUCUUUAA